AUGUCAAAUCUUACUAAGUUUACGUCGGACUGGAGGAAUUUGCCCCCAGAUCUAAUAAGGUGUGUUGCAGAACGGCUAGAUGCGAAGGAGUUUGUAAUCUUAAGGUCAGUGUGCCCUUCGUGGCAGUCCGCUGUUGAGGGUGAAUACAAUGCCAAAACAAGAGUCCCUUGGUUAAUAAGUUUCUCAGAAUCGGAAUAUCUGUUCUGGAGCAUGUCCAGAGUGGAAGUCCACAGAGCACGCUUGCCGAGCAGGGUGGGGCACUUGUGCUACCAAGGAUGGAUGACAAUUGCACAGGAGGCAGAGGGCCCAGGACUCAAAUUGUUCAAUCCGAUUUCGCGCAUCAUCAUCGAACUCCCUGGCCCGGAGAUGCUCCGUCGUGUCCAUAAGGUCGCCCUAUCUUCGAGCCCUUCUGUGUCUGACAACUCUGUAGUUAUGGUCCACGUUCAGCCGGACACGUUCGCAUUCUAUCAUCCGAGAAAAAGGGCAUGGACAACACGGACAUAUCUCCCUCAGUCUCAGAUCAUGGAUCUGAUACAUUACAAGGGCCGAUUUGUAGCCUUGGACGAAAAAUGUCGGGUAAUCACUUUCGACCCAAAGAAUAAAUAUAAACCCCAGGAAAACCGAGUAGUCCUUGAGAAGUUUGAGGGAUGGCCGACAUUUUAUCUCGUGGAAUGCUCUGGCUCGUUGUUGUUUGUGGUUCGGCAAAAGCACAGUUCGUUUGACCCGGUCUCGAGUACUAGAUUCCAAGUUUGCAAGGUCGAUUUGGACGGGGGGACUUGGACGAAGGCAGAAAGGUUGGGGAGCGCAUCCAUCUUCUUGUCGUACGAGUGCUCGUUCUCAGUGGAGUUAAAAGCAAAGUCUCGCCUUCCUGGGAUCAGGGCAAACCACAUAUACUUCACGGAUUUUUUCGGCCUCUGGGAUCACAAGAUACUCUCCUAUAGCAUGGAAGAUGGAACAAUUAAGACACACCCGGAAUUGAUGCCCAUGCUAGCAGGUACCACCCCGCGGUGGAUUCAGCCCAGUCUUUGUACAAAUAGCCUUGGUCGUGUGAACAUUGGGAUGCAUCUUAUCAAUAAUUGA